AGGUCGGGGGCAGUGCUCGGCUUGCAUGCUGGGCAGCAUGCAGAUCGCGCGGUCGCGACGCCGCCUUGGCGCGUCAUGCCUCCCACCUCCCUCGCCCGCGCCUUCGCCGCUAUUAUGGACGCGCACGCGGAGCAGCGCUGCCUCGGCUGGCGCGCCCUUCCAGGUGCCGAGUACUCGUGGGCGUCAUACGCUGACGUCAAACAGCAGAGCGUCACCUUCGCGGCGUGGCUGCGCCAGAAGCUGCGGAGCGAUGCGCAUGUUGGGAUCAUGGGCCACAACUGCUACGAAUGGUUCGUUGCCGAUCUCGCGUGCCUCUGGGCGGGGCUCUGCUCAGUGCCCCUGAGCGACGGGUGGGAGCCGGGCGUGCUGGAGGCCGUGCUGGCGCAGACGCAGCUCGCCGCGGUCGUCUGCACGCCGGCCUGCUACGCAAGAGUCGCGAGUGCGGCCGUCAGCGAAGGCAGUCGCGUGACGCACAUCAUCGUCACCGAGGUGGCCGAUGAGAUGUACGCGCGGGUGGGCACCGUCGCGUGCGUCGGCUUGCCAGACGUGCUCGCCACCGCUUCUGCGGCAGACCCGACGCAGUGCUGGUACGUCGAGCGAGACGCGGGCAUGGCGCACACGAUCCUGCACACCUCCGGCACCACCGGCCUGCCCAAGGGCGUCGUGUACACAGAUGGUCUGUGGCUGGCCAACAUGCAGAGCUACGAAGGCGCGCAGGUGGGCUUCUCGUACAUGCCGCUGGCCUUCAUCACCGACCGGCACACGGUGUACACCGCGCUGUGGAACGGCGGCUGCGUGGGCAUCGCGACGGCGCGGCAGGGCGGCGACACCGCGCAGAUCUUCCGCGACUUGCUCGCCGUGCGGCCCACCGUGCUCAAGGGCGUGCCCGCCUUCUGGGAGCACGUGGCCGAGGCGAGCCGCAUGGUGCAAGACCGGCAGCUUGCCAUCCUGGGCGGGCGGGCGCGCGUGCUGUGCUGCGGCGCGGGCGCAAUCUCGGAGGAGGUCGCGCGGUACUUCCGGGCGUGCCGGCUCGGCUCGGGCGAGCCCGUGCAGUUCUUGGAGCUGUACGGUUGCACCGAGUGUGGCAACCUCGCCCUUAAUCGCCAACUGCUGCCGCACGUCAAGUGGCGACUGCUGCCGCUCGAAGGCGACGGUGCGGAGACGGCUCGCGUGGGUGAGUUUGUCGUGAAAACCGGCAAGAUGAUGUUUGCCGGCUACCAUGGGCGGCCGGCGCUGACCGCCGCGGCGUUCACGGCCGAUGGCUUCUACCGGACGGGCGACGUGGUACGCGUGCGCACGGCGGCCGACGGCGCGACGCUAGUCGACGUGCUCGGGCGGGCGAAGAGCGGCCUCAAGCUGGCCAACGGCAAGUGGGUGCACCCCGAGACGCUCGAGGACCUCUACCGCGGCGCGGCGGGCGUGCGGCGGCUGUACGUGCACGGCGACGCGGCGCACGCGCACCUGGUCGCUGUGGUGGAGGCCGAGGGCGCGCCGAGCGAGGAGCGGCUGCUCGCCGAGUUUGGCCGCCUCGCGACGGCCGCCGGCCGGCCGCGGCACGAGCGGAUCAGCGGCGUGGUGCUGUCGCAGGAGCGCUUCUCGCAAGCUGCCGGCACGCUCAAUGGCACGGGCAAGCUGGUGCGGCGCGCUUUGUACGCGGCGCACGAGGCGGCCAUUGAGGAGCGGCUGACGGCGCAGCGGCUGCGCGCACCGCUCGAGCACCUUGAGGCGGGGCGGAGCUUCGCUGAGCAGGGCGGCACCUCGCUCGACGCGGCGCGCAUCGCGCGGCUGUACGCCGAGCUGGGCGUGCCGCUGCAGCGCGUCGUCGCCAUCCUGCUGCAGGCCUCGACCGUCGGCGCUGCCGAGGGGCAACUGCGCGCCGAGCGGCAGUGCACCGAGGCCGACCCGCUCGCCGACUGCGCGCUCGCCGAGCUGACGCCGCCUGCCGGCAGCACGGGGACGCCAGCCGCGCGGCUGCUCCGCGCGCUGGUGGGCGCGCAAGGCCACAGGGUCCUGCUGACGGGCGCGACGGGCUUCGUGGGACGCGCCGUGCUCGCGGAGCUGCUCGAGCGCGAGGUGCCGGUCACAUGCCUUGUGCGCGCGAGCAGCGAGGCCGAGGCGGCGGCGCGGCUGCAGCACGCUCUGCUCCUCGCGCGCCGCUGGCGGCCCGAGUGGCACGGGUUGCUGCUCGUGGCGCGCGGCGCCCUCGGCCCCGAGGACCUGGGGAUGGGCGGCGUGGCGUGGGGCACGCUGGCGCGCAGCACCGCGGCCAUCAUCCACUGCGCCGCCGCCGUCGACCUCAAGAAGGGGUACGCGCACCACCGCCGCGCCAACGUGCUGGGCACGCGUGAGGUGCUGCGCCUCGCCGCGGCGGCGCGCGCGCCGCUCGUCUUCGUCUCGACCACCGACGUGCUGCCACACACUACCGCCGCGGCGCCGGAGGUCGCCUGCACUCCCGCUGACGUGUCGGCAGCUGACUCGGGCUACGCAGCCUCCAAGGCGGUCGGCGAGUGCUUGGUGGCCGCGGCGGCGCGGCGGGGCGACGUGACGGCGCUGAUCGCGCGCCUCGGCAUGGUGGCGGCGUGCGCGCGCACGGGCAGCGGCAACGAGACCGACUUUGUCUCUCGGCUGCUCGUCGGCGUCGCCGCGGCGCGCGCCUUUCCGCAGACAGAGGCGCGCCACACGAUGGUGCAGAGCGUGCCGGUCGACGUGACGGCAGCGGCGCUGUGCGACCUGUACGAGACGCUCCGCGGCGGCGGCGGCGCGAGCGGCGCGGUGGUGCACGUGGUGAGCGGCGCGCCGCCGCAGCCGAUGGCGGCGCUGCGCGAGGUGCUGCUCGCCUUUGGCCCGCCGUUUGACGCCUUGCCGCUCGUGCCGUAUGCCGAGUGGAUGCGCCGCGUGCGGCUCGAGGCGCAGCUCUCCCUGUGGCCAGUGAUGGCGUGGGCGGAGAAGCUGGAGGAGUUCCCUACCUUCAAUCGGCGCGGCGCCCGCCUCGGCGCGUGCUGCGAGCACGUCCGCCCCGCCACCGCGGCGGCGCUGCGCCGCGGCGUCGACGACGAGGCGCUGCACAGGGCGCUGCGCGUGCUCUUUGCGACGAGCGCGACGCUCCGCUGGGAUGCGCUGCGAGCCCACCACCGCCGGCUGUCCGGCGUGUCGGGCGCGUCCGCGGUGUUGUCCGCCGUGCGGUUGGCGCGGCGACGCGCUGCGAUGCGCAAUUCACUUAUUCUCGUCGUGGCAAUGCUCGCGGCGGUGUACGUUCGCCGGAGGUUGUAAAGGGUGUUUGUCUUGG